AUGACCCGAAAAAGCAGACGCCAUACCUCGUCAACUCGCCAGAACAACCGCCGUGAGGCGGAUCUGUUCGCUGAAUUUCGUAGCCGCGAUCUCUCGCUAUGUCAAUACCUAUCGUGGUACUUCAGCCCAUCCACACGAUUGAAGGCAUUCAAACACACCGACCAAAGCUGUUCAACAGCAAAUGGUCCAGCCUUAAGCGUGUACUUGAUCUCAUUCUACGACUUGCACGCGAGGAUGGCGCAGAGUCAAGAAGCCGAAUCAAUGGCUGGAUCGCCGAGCAGGUGGGCAACACUUCGUACUUCUCGGAUUGAUUCUCCGGAUUCGAAAAAGCUACUGAAUACUUGCCUUAUCCGCGUGCAAGCCGACUCAAUCAUCAUUAAAGAGAUGAAGCGAACCAAGUCCGCCUUCGUCGGCUAGUGUCACGAAUGGGAGUUUCGCCACUCCAAGUUCGGCCUCUCAGCACCCACGUCAUCCGCGUGACUUCGGCCUUCCCGCGCUUCGGACCUCCUCUCCCCGCUUCGGCACCUGCACUGCCUUCUUCUCCUCCAACUAUACGCUCACAACCCUCUCGCCCCCGACUCUUACGUGAACAUCAACCAAGCUCUAUUACGUGGUCCUUGGCCUCAACACUAUUACGUGAUCCUCGUGCCUCGACUCCUCAAGCUCGCCACCUCGUCCCCGACUCCUCUGGUCUAGUUUCCCAGUUCCGUAGCUCACUUCUCUCUUUCCCUUCUGCAACUCGAAUCUCGUCAAAGGUCACAUCCUUGCACUCGUCCCUCGUCCUCGCCUCUUGUGAGAAGUCCCUAGAACACCUCUCAACUCGUCACUCGCCCUUGCCCUCGUCUCGAGCCCCUUCGUCCGGCUCACCUCUCCUAUCUUCGUCCUUCGUGAUAGCUAGCCAUGACUUGGCUCCCGAAGUCCUUGCAUCCGAUCACAUCGACGCACGGCUCGAUGCAAUCGCCGAAGACAACCCUUUUAUCAGCGGACGGAUUCGUAACUUGCUAUCACAAUGCGGAGACUCACCACCGGCUGAGCCAAUUAAUUGCGACAAGGACCCAACAGCGCCCACUGAUGUCGAGAUGGAAGAAGCCACCCCGGAGAAUGGUUCCGAUCCAGAGCAAGAGCAAGAGCCUGGUCACGAAAAAAGGCGUAUCGAGUUUGUGAGUGUUUCUGACCCUAGCUCGGCUGGGUAUCGCAGCGAACUGACACCAAAAAUCAACACGCUGGCCGCAGCUUUACCGCAGUGUCAUGGGUCAGAUCGCAUUCGCUUGCAACCGAAGGAACAACGCCAUGCAGCAUCGCAACGGUCUCAUGACUCUCGCAUGUGGAGCGAACGACCGAUUGACAAUGUUUCUGUACGAUUGCGGCUUGACGACAUCUCGCUGGGCGACUCUCCAGGCAGCUGCGAGCUUGACGAAGGCGAAUUCGACGAAACUGAAGGAGAUUGGCUCGAACAAGUACUUCCAUGUGACCGUUGACAACAUCGACGUCACACAUCACGUCAACGAUCAGCAAUUGGAUCGACGAACCGAGCUGCUUCAUGGAACUUUUGGUUACGCCCACAUUCAGAACGGAGAUAUUGCCGGCGCUUACAACCUUCGAGCCGACUCUGCACAUCAAGCGUCUUUACCACGAGUCAAUCUCCAGCAUCUCCUCCCAACUCCCCAAUCCGACUCGUCAUCUACAACCGGGAUAAAAGCUCAGAUAUAUCGAGCGCUUGCUCGACUGGUCCCUCAUCUUGGCCUCAGUCUUCUUGAUGCACACCACCCCCUGUCCUCGUCAUAG